AUGACCUCAAAUGCUUCUAACCAUCAUAUGGGCUCAAAAGCUUUUAAUCAUCUUGGGGACUCGCCCUCGAAAGCGUUUGUUAAAAAAUCUAAAAUGGCAGAUUUAUAUAUUCCUACAGCAGCUCAUUGUGUUGAUGGUAAACCACCAGAUCAAAUAUUAGUUGCCGCUGGUAUUCACAAUAAAUCCGAGGAAAAUAACUUGGUUCGUCGAGUUGGUCAGAUUUUUGUUCAUCCUAACUGGUCAUCGUAUCAAAACCAGCAUGAUAUUGCAAUUUUGCGUUUAUCGCAACCACUCGAAUUCAUCUAUAACCGAUUCCUAACACGAACAUGUAUACCACAUGUCCACUGGCCUAAUAAUAUUCAAGACUAUCCAUCUGCUGGCACACGGCUAGCGGCUAUCGGUUGCGGUCGUACACAAAUGAAUGAUAGUGCCAGUUCACCAGACAAUCUUUUACAAGUUGAAGUAUUCGCAACUGAUAACAACGAUACAAUCUGUAAUAAAUCACUGUAUGAUACAGAAAUACAAUUUUGUGCUGCACUCUAUGCAGGUGGUAAAGAUACUUGUCAAGGCGAUUCCGGUGGACCACCAUUACAAUGGCUAGGAAAUCGGUGGGAACAGGUAAAAUAAUGUUAGCAUAGUACUUAUACUGUUCAAUCUGACGAGGAAACAUAUCCAACUGCAGGACGCCGUUUGACCUCAUCUUUUGGCUACGAGUAGGACUCAGUGAGACUAAGAAAAUUUUACUAGAAGGUAUAUCUUUUAUACAGCUAGUUUGUCUUAUCAACCAAAGAUCAAAUGUGUAGUGUCAACCAAUACGAAAUGAAAAUAGUAUAUGAUUUAUUAAUGUAGGCCGGUUUCGUAUUCUUCGUCAGUACAUUAACAGUACAAUAGUAAAAAAGACCGGGCUUUAUAUACCAUAAAGCAAAUAUGGAUGUUAUGCUGUGUCAUAGAUAACAAAAGCAAAAAAGAAGAAAAAACAAAAAAUGAACUAU